AUGGCUUUCCUAACAACAAAAAUGAUGCAAAGGACGGCGUUCUUCGUAACUUUUGGAGGUUUCGUCACUUGUCUGUUCACUACUUUUCUCCCUUUCUGGAAGACGAUGAACUCCGACCUGAAUGAGGUGGAAAACUGGUUUUCUGGACUGUGGCAUAUGUGUCUCUACACGGAGGAGGUUGGGAUUCAGUGUAAGGCCUAUGACAGCAUUAUGGGACUCCCAAUGGACCUGCAGAUUUCCAGGGUGCUCAUGUUGGUGUCUGUCGGCACUGGAUUACUGGCUCUGCUGGCUGCUUUUAUUGGACUGGAGGGGGUAGAGAUAUGUGUAGGGCAGCCUGGCCUGAAGAGACAGCUCCUCAUCCUGGGUGGGGUGCUGUCCUGGGUGUCGGGGCUUGCGACUUUGGCUCCUGUCUCUAUUGUGGCCUACACAACAGUGGUAGAGUUCUGGGACCAAGGUUAUCCCGAUGUGAUGCCUCGCUGGGAGCACGGAGAGGCCAUGUUCUCGGGAUGGUUUGGAGGUUUGGCUAUGGUCAUCGGAGGGACUCUGUUUUUUGUCUCUGUGUGCAUGGGGGACUUUGAUGAAAGGCCACCCAGUGUGCCAAACAGCCCACAGGUGAGGCACAGGACCAAGCACUACCUGAAGACUGAGCUGUUAUAA